AUGUUCGACUUUGACGACGACGCGUCCAGGCGCGAGAAGUGCUACACCAGCGUGGCUGAACUGCCAGCCUUCAUCGACCCCAAGCAACCACCAUCUAAAAGAUCACCUUUUUCAGCCAUGACGGGUCACUCUUUUUUGCACACAGUAGAGGUGCUGCUACCGGAGAAGGCCUACGCGGCCAUCAAGAGUUCGGUAGACUCCAAACUGCAAACACUGCGAUAUGCUCGGGUGUUCAUGUCUCUCUCGAACUUGCUCGAGGGCGAAUUUUUCAAUACAUACAUCAAAUCUGGCAACGUUCUCAUGAUAUCUGAGGGCCGAUCAGGCUCGGAUAACGUUUUCUCUCUCAGAGAUGGGAUCCUCCGUCUAGAACUCGGAAAGGAGAUCUACGAACGCACCGGACUCACAGGGAAGCCGAUCCGAAGCGGAGGCAGAAAACACGGCAAGGAACGAUAUCUGGUGGAAUUAAACUUGCGUCUACCAUCCAUGCUCCACGGUAAGAAGGGCUUCGAGAGAAUCGUCUGGGCCUUUAAGAAGGUGCUCAAUCACUCCGUCGCCUGGCUUUUCUAUGAUCUGGGCUCGGAAUCUGGUGGUAUCUCCCAAGACGAUCCAUCUCUGAAAGGAAACCACCCACACGUCAUCGAAUGCGAACCCUCGCGAACCUACCAUCGCGAUGUCCUCGUCCCGCCAUUCCAACCCGCCACUAACCCAGAAACACCAAGCUCAUCAGAGGCCCUGAACGACUCCUGCAACGAACUCUCCGAGUGGCUUGCCAUGGUGACGCUUCAAUCCUCCCUAGUCUCGGCGAACGAUGACACAGAUCCCUAUCUAUGUCGAUACAGCGUGCCGGACGCCGAGGAUGCGAAGGCCGCCGAUCUAGUCAGUCUGAGAUGGCACGGCUUUGCUUCCCCGAAAUGGGUGACGCAGCUGUUUAUCGCUUUACUACGGGAAACCCGACAUAAAGCCCCCGCUUCGUCUGCUUGGUUCUCUCUUUCAGCGAGCGCAAUCGGAAGAGACGCCGUGGAAGGGAAAGAUGGCUAUACGAUUUUGGCCUUGCCGCUGGCUGAAACGGCGGAUGAUCAGGAGGAGCCUGCGGGCUCGCAAUCGAAGAAACCUCGUCCUAUUGUCUGCUGGGAAUACGUUGGUGCCUCGGUCUUGGAGACGUAA